GUAACUAUAGUGCGGAAGUAAGCAGCCAUUGAUUUUGGACACCUCACAAACCAAAACAAAUUGUCAAACGCAAUAAUUCAUUGUUUUCGAUUUGUUUACUGAUAACCUGAACAGGAAUUAUUCACAAAGAUGUCGGACGGAUUUGACAGUAAUCCAUUUGCCGAUCCGGAGGCUGUAAAUCCUUUCUCAGACCCAUCAGUGCAGCAAGCUAGAGGUGGUGGCCAGAGACAAGCUGGUCUAGACGAUUACAACCCUUUUGCUGAGGAUAAUCAGACAAGACCAGCAGCAGGGGAAGAAAAGGCAGGUUUACUUUCAGAUCAGGCAGGACAGCCAACUAUUCCCCCACCCCAGUCUUCACCAGCCAUCAUGCAGCCGUCAUCUGACGCCCCGCCCCCUUACACACAGAGCUCUGCCCAGCGUAUCGACACCUCGGAGCUUGAGAGGAGACAACAGGAGCUUGAAAAGAAAGCAGAGGAAUUGGCAAGAAAAGAACAGGAAAUGAAAAACAUGCAAUUUCAAGACCGACAGAACAACUGGCCCCCUCUGCCAGGCUGGUUUCCAGUUGGACCAUGCUUCUACCAAGACUUUUCAGUCGAUAUUCCACUAGAAUUCCAAAGAACUGUCAAAAUUAUUUAUUAUAUAUGGAUGUUUUAUGCGUUCACAUUGUUUCUCAACUUCAUGGGCAGCAUGGCGUAUUUCAUAGUGGACUCUAAUGGCGGCCCGACCUUUGGGCUCUCCAUCCUCUGGUUCAUUCUAUUCACUCCCUGCUCUUUCAUCUGCUGGUACAGGCCCGUCUACAAGGCCUUCAGGAGUGAUAGCUCGUUCAACUUCUUUGUAUUCUUCUUCAUAUUUUUCUUCCAAUUUUGUGUGUGCGUCCUGAUGUGUUUGGGAAUCACUGACUUUUCAGUAGGUUGGAUCAAUGCACUAAAGAUAUUGAAAACUAGUAAAAGCGCGGCAGCAUUUAUGAUGGUAGUGGCCACACUCUUCCUGAUUUGUUCCAUAAUGGAUAUAGUUAUGCUUGUAAAGGUCCACCGUAUAUACCGGAGCACAGGGGCCAGUUUUGCCAAGGCGCAGCAGGAGUUUGCGACUGGAGUGAUGAAGAACGAGGCAGUACAGCAGGGCGUAUCCAACGCUGCAUCGUCUGCAGCCCAAGGGGCCGUCAGGGGAGCUGCUUCCCAGUAUGGUACUGGUGGGAAAUACUAACUGCUCCCCUGAUAGUGGAGUAGGAGAGAAAUAAUUAUGAUGUGACGGAAGUGGAGUGAAUAACUUCUAACAAAGGAGGGAAUUUAAUUUGAUGGAGCAACUUUUCACUGAAUAAUGGUAAAAAAAACUUUAUUCAGUGAAGAGCAUAAUACAAACACAUACACAAGAUAAAAGAAAUGUUAUGACAGUCAUAUAAAAUGAUGGAAGUUUAGAACUUCUGAUUGACUAUAUAUGAUUUAUCUGACCUAACAGAUGUUUGUGGUGGAAUACAUAUUAAAGUAUAAUCAACCAAACCAUUGUAUCCUUACAAAAGUGUAAUGUAAUAAGAAGGUAUUUAUUGUGACAUUUAGAGAUGAACAAAUAUGAUUGACUUUGAAUCUUGAUAAAACGGUGAUAUUCCAUUUGAUUGUUGUUUAGUAAUUUGAAAAAAAUCGUAAGGACAAUUAUGAGUAAGAAUGUAUAUACUGUUGCUCUUUGUAUGUAUAAGUUUGUGUAGAUGUAUUUUCAAUUUGAACAAUGCGAUUUUAAAACAAAUUGUAACCAUGUAACUAAAAUUGUGUAUUGAAUAUGAUCUUGUCGGAAAAAACAUGUAAAUGAAGUUUUUUCACUUUUGGGUGUAUUUUCACUGUGCAAUGAUAGAAUUUGUAUCUUUUCUGUGACACUUAGUGUUUUAAGCACAAAUAUUGUAACAUCAAUAUUGCAAUGUUGCAAUAUUACAGUUAGCAUUUCCAACUUAUUUGCUUUUAAUUUGACCCAAUUAUUAAUUCAAAAACAGAAACAUAAAUUCUAAAUUUUGUGAUAUUUGUGGAGUGGGCAAGUGCUAGUUUUCCUUCUGUGUUGUCUAGUCCAUAUCACAAACCAUCGUAGAUAGUAGGCUUCUGCUGUUAUUCUAGGAUACAGAUAGAAAUUCAAAUAAUUCGCUAAAAAAUGUUCAAAGACUACUGGUUUUAUGUGCUCAUAUUUUGUUUUCAAAUUUGCAUUCACAAGCAGUUUUAUAGACUGAAUGUCUAAUUCUUAAGAUCAUUAUCAUAAUUCAAUAGACUGAUUGAUGCUGGGGGUAUAGGGGACCAUUGGCCUGCAAUGUUUAUGUACAGGGUGAUUGCUUCUAUUAGUAAAGAUAUUCAGCGAGCUUUGGUGAAUCUCCACAUAUUUGCAAUGCAAGUCUGCCUGGGGUUGUACCAUUGUUAACUUCAGUGGUAUGGAAUCAGUAGAUACAUGUAAAGAACAUGCUUCACUUAAUUAAGGGGCUCAUUAACUUGUUCCUCCCAUGAGGAAUAUAUUGUUGUUUUCCGCUUUGCUGAGUAACUGUUUGAUCGAUGUAAUAGCAGUUUCAGUAUUUAUUUAAUACAUUUGGGUCAUAUAUUUGUAAAUUAUCUACAUCUGAAUGCUUGCAUCAUUUAAAUAAUUUCCAAAGCUGCUUAUAAUCAUGUUUUGAGCUGUGUGUUUUAAUAAGUUAUUGUAUUAAUUGCUGAUUGUAUUACUAUUAUAACUGUUCUGUAAUUGUGCACAUGAUGUUAUCAACUGUUUAUUAUUUUAAAUAUAUUUUCAAAGGAUCUAAUACAGAGCAUGAUUAAACACCCACGGUUUGUAGGUUAUCUAGGUUGUUUGACUAUGGUAUUUUAGAAUGCUAAGAUAUAUAACAGCAGCAUAAAGUAACUGCAUGAAACAGAUGACUUGGUAAAACAGUCUACAGAUAUUGAACAAUUUGUUCACCUACUGCUGCAUAUGAGAUUUAAUGGUGGUAUGUUCUAACACAAUGCGAAAAUUUUCACAAUUAAAUUUACACUGUUCCUAUUUCUCAAGUUUUGAUAUGAACCAGUCAUUUUCAAACUGCACAGUAUAUAUUCCCCUGGUAUAUAAUGUAAAGUAUGAUUUCUUCUUUGCAAUAAGCACAAACAAAUCUCAUUCCACUGAUAGUUCUAAACAAACACUAACUACCAGAUGUGUCCAACUUGUUUGCUGUUGUUUAACCUAAUGCUGUAUGAAAUUCAUUUUGUUUACGUUACUAUUGAACAUUGUUAUUGUAUAAUAGAAAAUAUGAUUAAAAAGUUAAAAUGGCAA